AUGCUCACCUUGUGUGGAAUUUCUAAUGAAUUUAACAAACAUUGCCAACUCAACGUGGCUUUAACGAAAGUUAAAUGGCAGCAGCGGCUCGUCCGGGAGCAAAGCUACCGGGACUUCACCACCACCAUCCAGGUGUUCAUCCUCAUAGGUUCGCUGCUCGGAAACGCCACGGUGUUGUGGUGCACCUGCUGCACGAGCGUCUUCAAAUCCGUGACCAAUCGCUUCAUCAAGAACCUGGCAUGCUCAGGUAUCUGUGCCGGCCUGGUGUGCAUUCCCUUUGACGUGGCACUCGGAGCCAGCCCCCGCUGCUGCUGGUGGCUUCACACGCUGCUGCUCUGCAAGGCCGUCAAGUUCCUCCAGAAACUCUUCUGCUCCGCCACCGUGCUCAGCUUCAGCGCCAUCGCACUCGACAGAUAUUACUCUGUGCUGUACCCGUUGGAGAGGAAGAUCUCAGAUGCAAGGUCCAGAGAUCUGGUCAUCUACAUCUGGGUCCAUGCGGUGGUGGCGAGCCUCCCUGUGUUUGCAGUGACCAACGUGACAGAUGUGUACGUCACCUCAUCCUGCUCAGAUGACCACGCCCGCUCGCUGGGUCACAUGGUGUACGUGUUGAUCUACAACGUCACCACGGUGAUCCUCCCUCUCGCCCUGGUUUUCCUCUUCAUGCUGCUGAUCCGCAGAGCGCUCAGUGCCAGCCAGAAGAAGAAGGUGAUCAUCGCGGCACUGCGGACUCCACAGAACAGCAUCUCCAUCCCGUACGUGUCCCAGCGAGAGGCUGAGCUACACGCCACUCUGCUGGCUGUGGUGCUAGCCUUCUUCGCCUGCAGCGCCCCCUAUGGGGCCCUGGUGGUUUAUCGCACCAUUUUGGCAGACACCAAGGAGCUGCCCAUCUCACUGUAUCUAACGGCCCUCUGGCUCCCCAAGGUGUCUCUGCUCACCAACCCUCUCUUGUUCCUGACUGUUAACCGCUCAGCUCGUCACAGCUGGAUGGAACUGCUGGCCAGGAUUCACAGACGUUACAGCCGUCGUAACGUGGUCGGCUCCGGGGGUCUGGCCUCUUUAUCAGCAGAGGGCGUGAUCGGGGAGCCAGUGGGACUUGAGACAGCCGGCCGCUCUGGGAGCCAACUUCUGGAGAUGUUCAACAUUGGCCAGCAGCAGAUCUUCAGACCCUCUGAGGAAGAGGAGGAUGCGGGGUAUGAGAUUCCUUCUCAAGGAUCAGGAAACUGCUCUGGGCCACAAGAGGACCUCAAGAGCCAGUUGAGACUAGGGAGCCUCAGAGGGGAGGUGAUCACCAAAAAGGACCCUCUGCAGGGCACAGGGGGUGGACUGGUCAUCACCAAAGAGGGCUCUCCUGCAAUCAUAGCACCACGGAGCUCUCCGGUCCACACGUGUGCUUACACCUCUUCAUCGCAGGUGGCGCCAGCGACGCCGACAGACGCUGAGGACUCUUCACAGUUUGGUUUUGGACCAUUUGAGCUCCCUCCUCAGUGGUUACCUGAGACCAGGAACAGUAAGAAGAGGCUGCUGCCUCCGCUGGGUAACACACCCGAGGAGCUGAUCCAGACCAAACUACCCAGACCUCGGCCUGAGCGGAGAAUCAGCAGAAACAAUAAGGUCAGCACCAUCUCCACUGUGGACCAGUGAAUCCCUGCUGACCUCCGACCUGCGACACCUCACGGGUCAAUCAGGUCUCGACAGGACGUCUCUCUUUGGAGCUGCUCGGUGAGAUGCUCAGUUUCAUUCGGGUGAUUUCAACCUUUUGACUUGUUUCGAUUUUAUUCUCAGAUGCAGUCGUCAUUGUAGAAGUCUCCACUUCACUGCACAAAAUCUAGACGCCCGAGGCCCUGCAGUUUUCUUCUUGGAACAAAAAUCAAUUUGACAUUAAACAUUUACAACACAGUCCGACUUCCCUAGCACCCGGGCAGAGUCAGCUCCGUAGUUAAGGACCUCUACAAUGAAGGCGUGAUUGAGAGCAGAUACUGUUUUCAAUCCCCCUCUUUUGAUUAGAGCUGGCAUCAGUGGUUCAAUGAAGACAGUGUAGAAUCCAAUUAUGCUGAGAGAUGCACUGAUACUGGAUAAUAUAAUGUGACAAUAAUUGAGGAUAUUGACUCUCCUAGCACAACAUUUUGUAAAAUGGGUACACGCUGUGAUUGCACUCUGUAAAAACAAAAAGAUUAUCUUCAGUAUUUGGGAUUAAUUUUUAUUCUGAAUUGUCACUUUUGGAAUAUUUGCAUUUCUUCUAAUGUGGUAGAUGUCAUUGUCGUCAUUUGUAUUUUAAAUGUAAGUGGAUUUGAUAAAACAAUGCAGAUGUACAGUAUGCAAAUACACGUUAUAAAAUAUGUUUAGAGCUUCUUUAAACAAAGAACGUGGAUCUUUUAGACCCAAUUGAUCGAUUUUAAAUGAUUCCUUGCUGGUUUCCUGAAAAUCAAUUGCUCAGUCACUUUGUAAAAUAAAGAAAAUGACGGCAGAAAGACAUUUUAUAUCCUUGGACACUCAAUGAGAUGAUGUUCAGUUUCAUUUUUGUUUAUCUUUUUCACUCUGACACUGUCCGCUCUGUUUUCUUUGUGAUGCAUAAUUCAAUAGCAGCAGCCUCAACCUGACGGCUUUGGCUGAGGUAAACAGAGCUGGGCUGCACUUCAAAUAUUUGUCAAGCUGUAACUCCCUUUGGGGCUACCCACAAUCCCCUGCAAUGUCCACAAAGAAGCUGAAUCUAUGCCGUAUCCCUCUCAUGCUUUUAUCAGGAAAUUGAGCAGUCACGCCUGACUGGAAACAGCAUCCACUUCUACAACUUGAUGAGUUUGUUUUUCUACGUCUGUUCUAAAUAACGACUGUAGUAUUGACUUUAUUUGACAGGUACACAGUGGUUGCUUUGGUAAAUCUGCAUCACAGACGAAACACCGAGCCUAAGUGAUGUAGGAAAUUUAAAGUGUCACAUGAAACAGGAAGAUGAUUGAUUUUCCUGGUGUGAGUGUUUAAGAAAAAACUGGCCAUUGCCCAGAUUUCUCACCUGGCUUCAUUCAAGGCUGAUUCAAAUAAAAAUCUUUUUGAGAAGAUCCAUCCGUCCAUCCAUUACCUACACGGGGAGAAAAUGCCGACUCCACACAAAGACUCCCAGUUCCAGGCUUCUCAUACAUUUAGUUCCUGUUGCAAAGCUUUUUCAG